CUAGAAUCCCUCGCCUAUAUCUCGGAGAAAACCCUAAACCCUAAACGAAAAUGCCCGCUUCUCUUUCUCUCUCCAUUCCCCGCCGAUUCUCACAGCCUUAGAGCACACUCUUACAGAUAGAGAGAGAGAGAGAAAGUUAGGGUUUCAGCGAAGCAAAGACGCGAGCUUUCUUGUUGUCUUGUUCGAUUUCGUUCAGAUUCUUCAAUGGCGUUGUAUCUUCUGUACGAGUCAGCUUCUGGGUACGGGCUGUUCCUCGCGCACGGCCUCGAUGAAAUCGGGCAGAACACCGAGGCGGUACGGAACUCCGUAUCGGACCUGAACCGGUUCGGGAAGGUCGUGCAGCUCACCGCUUUUCACCCGUUCGAGUCUGCCCUCGACGCUCUGAACCAGUGUAACGCAGUCUCCGAAGGGCUAAUGACUGAUGAGUUGAGGAGCUUUCUGGAGCUUAAUCUCCCAAAAGUCAAGGAAGUUAAGAAGUCAAAGUUCAGAUUAGGAAUAGCGGAUACUAAGAUUGGGUCACACAUUCAUGAAGUGACAAAAAUUCCUUGUGAAAGUGGUGAAUUUAUUCUUGAGCUGCUUCGUGGUGUGCGGCUACAUUUUGAUAGGUUUUUAAAGGACCUAAAGCCUGGAGAUCUGGAGAAAGCUCAACUUGGUCUUGGGCACAGUUACAGCAGGGCAAAAGUCAAAUUCAAUGUCAACCGGGUUGACAAUAUGGUGAUUCAAGCAAUCUUCCUUCUUGAUACUCUUGAUAAAGAUGUCAAUUCUUUCUCCAUGAGAGUCAGAGAAUGGUACUCAUGGCAUUUUCCCGAAUUGGUGAAGAUUGUGAACGACAACUAUUUAUAUGCCAAAGUUGCAAAAUAUAUUGAGGAUAAGUCAAAGUUGUCUGAUGACAGCAUCCCAGGCUUAACAGAUGUACUUGGAGAUGAAGACAAGGCGAAGGAGAUUGUUGAUGCUGCCAAGGCUUCCAUGGGUCAGGAUUUGAGCCCAAUUGACUUGAUUAAUGUCCAGCAAUUCGCACAGAGGGUAAUGGACCUAUCUGAGUAUAGGAGGAAGCUUUAUGAUUAUCUGGUUACAAAGAUGAAUGACAUUGCGCCAAAUUUGGCAUCUUUAAUUGGUGAAGUUGUUGGUGCGCGUUUGAUUUCUCAUGCUGGUAGUCUCACAAAUUUGGCCAAGUGCCCUUCUUCUACCCUUCAAAUCCUUGGUGCAGAGAAGGCGCUCUUCAGGGCAUUGAAAACCAAAGGAAACACACCCAAGUAUGGGCUGAUAUUUCACUCAUCUUUCAUCGGUCGAGCAUCUGCCAAGAACAAAGGCAGAAUGGCUCGUUAUCUUGCAAACAAGUGUUCUAUUGCAUCGCGCAUUGACUGCUUUGCAGAUACUGCAUCUACUGUUUUUGGGGAGAAACUUCGUGAACAAGUUGAGGAGCGACUUGACUUCUAUGACAAGGGAGUUGCUCCACGAAAAAAUAUCGAUGUGAUGAAAAUCGCAAUUGGUAGUUCUCAAAACAAAGACACAGAAAUGGAAACCGAAGAAGUUCCAACUGAAGCUUCUGGAAAGAAAUCCAAGAAAAAGAAAUCCAAAGCUGGAGCUGCAGAGAACGGUGAGCCUAUGGCUGAGGAUGAGCCAAAUAUUGUGACAAAUGGUGAAGCUGUGGAAAAUACUAAAUCCGAAAAGAAGAAGAAAAAGGAGAAAAGAAGAAUGGAUCAGGAGCUGGAGCAACAGGAUGCUCAGAAUGGGUUUAGCACCGAGCAGGAUGGAACAGUAAAGAAGAAGAAAAAGAAGAGCAAGGAUGGAGAUGAAGAUGGAGAGGACCUGCAGUCUGCCGCCGAUGGUAAAAAGAAAAAGAAGAAGAAGUCUAGAAGUGAAGAUGCUGAGUGAACUUAAGAAGAACUUCUUUGCUGAUGCUGCUCUUUGUCUUGGUCCAAUUUUGUGUUUGAGACCAGUAUCUUCAUCUUGUGUUUUUAUUUUCCCCUUUAAAUUUGAGAAUAUGUUUAUAGUAGGAAACUACUAUUUACCUUUUUGCAGUUCUGCUUAUAGUAGGAAAAUCUGAGAAUGAACUUGAGAACCUUUUCUGUCAUUUGAAUUCUGCUUUGACAUUGUUCCUACUUCGUAUAUAUUCUCUGCUUGGUGUUCCUUUUA